GGGCCCGCGAGGCGGCGGAGGGGCGGGGCCCACGAAACUGGUCGGGCGGCAGCGAUGGCGGCUGCGUCGGGUUCAGUUCGUUUGCAGCGUUGCAUGGUGUCGCCGGCUGGGAGGCACAGCGCCUCUCUGAUCUUCUUGCACGGCUCAGGUGAUUCUGGACAAGGAUUGAGAACAUGGAUCAAGCAGGUUUUAAAUCAAGAGUUAACAUUCCAACACAUAAAAAUUAUUUAUCCAACAGCUCCUCCCAGGCCAUAUACUCCUAUGAAAGGAGGAAUCUCCAAUGUAUGGUUUGACAGAUUUAAAAUAUCUAAUGACUGCCCAGAACACCUUGAAUCAAUCAAUGUAAUGUGUCAAGUGCUGACAGAUUUGAUCGAUGAUGAAGUAAAAAGUGGCAUCAAGAAGAAUAGAAUAUUAGUAGGAGGAUUUUCCAUGGGAGGGUGCAUGGCAAUGCAUUUAGCAUACAGAAAUCAUCAAGAUGUGGCAGGAGUAUUUGCUCUUUCGAGUUUUCUGAAUAAAACAUCUGCUGUUUACCAGGCUCUUCAGGAAAGUGAUGUCAUACUCCCUGAAUUAUUUCAGUGCCAUGGUACUGCAGAUGAAUUAGUUCUUCAUUCUUGGGGUGAGGAGACAAACUCAAGGUUAAAAUCUCUAGGAGUGAGCACAAAGUUUCUUAGUUUCCCAGGUGUUUACCAUGAGCUAAGCAAAGCUGAGUUAGAAAAACUGAAGUCGUGGAUUCUAACAAAGCUUCCGGGAGAAAUGGAAAGGCAAAGUGAAUGAAUCAACAUUGAUUUAUUAAUCUACCUGUAAUUUCUCUGUGAAAAGUGGUUUUUACUGCCAAAUUAUAAUUUGAUAAAUGAUAAUUAAAAUAUUAAUAUGUAUCAGCUGUACUGAUUUAUUUACUGGUUAUUGAAAUGCUUAGCACCACAGAGAGUAGCAUCAUCUUAUCAAUGGUAAAUGUUAAUUUAGACAAACAUCUGUGGGUUAUUUUUUUUAAAUGCGUUUGUAAAUAAUUAGAGACCUUUUGAGUAAUUAAAUACUUAAAUUUAAAAAAUAAUGUAAAGUGAGUUUAAGGGCAGUGAGAAAAAAUAAAAAGUCUUAACAUGGCAUUUUAUUUAAAAGUGUCCUAUCUGGUUUCCAAAUAUUUGGGAAUAUAUUAGGUAUGUUACUGAUUCUAAUUUAAAUCCAUUGUGGGCAGAGAGCAUAUUCUGUGUUACUAUUUUGUCUAUAUUCAUGAAGGAUAUUCUGUAGUUUUUUUGUUAAUUUGUUUUGUACUGUUUUUAUCUGGUUUUGGUAUCAGGGUAAUGCUGACCUCAUAAAAUGAAUUGGGAAAUGUUUUCUCUUCUAUUUCCUGGAAGAAAUUGUGUAAAGUUGGUAUUAAUUUUUCUUUAAGUGUUUGUUGGAAUCCUCUAGUGAAACCAUGUGGGCCUGGAGAUUUCUGUAAACUGCCCCCUUUUAGCUCAUCACAUUCUACCUUCAAGUUUAUUGUACCUCCUCACACUUAGUAUAGGACCUUCCAUUUUUCCCUUCCUGGUCUUAAUGCUAUUUUUCCCAUUCGUAAAUAUGCUAUAAAUAGCAUGUACCAUAAAUCUCACAACGUAUUACCACUAUUUUAUUUAAAGUCGGUUUUCCUCUAAAUCAACUUAAAUAAUGAGGAAAACAUCUUAUAUAUCUACCUGUGUAGUUUCCACUUCCGGUGCUCUUCAGUUAUUUUUGUGUUGAUGUGUGUUUCUGGUAUCCUUUUCGUUCUACCUGAGGGACGUCCUUUAAAUAAUUCCACUGUAAAUGUGCUGUUAAUCAAUUCUUUCAGCUUAUAUGUCUGAGAAAGCCUGUAUUUUACAUUUGUUUUGAAAAGAUACUUUCACUGGGUAUGAAAUUCUGAAUUCACAUUUUUUUCAGUAUUUUAAACAUGGCGUUCCAUUCUCUUUUUGCUAACUUUAUUUCACACAGUAAGUCUGUUGUUAUCUUUGUUUUUCUGUAUCUAAUGUUUUGUUGUUUGUUUGUUUUUUACUCUUGAUGUUUUUAAGAGGUUAUCACUGAUUUUGAGCAAUUUGAUUGUGAUACAUUACUGGUCUAGGGGCUUAGAUUUCUCAUCCUCGUGGUUCCCUCUAAUCUUUUUGGGUGGUUCUUUCUCUGGUUUCAGAUAGUCUGCUCACACAUGCGUGGCAUAAGUACUCUGCUGAAUAAGCCAGGUAGACCAUGUCUAGGUGUCUGGCGUUCUCUUUCAGUGCAGCUCGCUCUUCUCUGGUUCACCAGCCUACAAAUUCGAGCCACCCCAGCCUACUCAGACUCUCAGCUCUGCUUCUCAACACAGGAGUCCUCCAAGCUCUGCUUUAAGUGCCCCUCUCAGCUCUGUGGCCUGGGAAUUCUCUCAAGGCAACAAGCUGUCAUAAGUCAUAGCUCACUUUGUUUCCUUCCCCUUCUGUCAGAGACCACUGACCUUUAUUGCCUGAUGUCCAGUACUUGGAAAAACUUUGUUUCCAGUAUUCUGCCUUUUUUCUUUUUCUUUUUGGUUGUUUCAGAUGGAAGAAUAAAUUCAUUUCCUAUGUUAUAUCAACGGCUGGAAGCUACACUAAAUUAUCCUUGAAAGAGAGAGAAUUUUUUUAAAUUCUUCUAUACGUACUUUUUCCAGUGCUCUUCAUUCCUUAAUGUGGUUUCAGAUUUUCGUAUGAUAUCAUGUUCCUUCUGCCUGAAAUACUUUUAACAUUUAUGAUAGUGCAGAUCUGCUGCUAUUAAAUUCUUUCAACUUUUGUAUGCCUGAAAAAGUCUUAUUUUGUCUUCAUUUUUUAAAGAUAUAUAGAAUUCUAGGUUGAUAUUUUUUUCCUUUCAUUACUUUAAAGAUCUUAACUAUUGUCUUCUAGUUUGCAUUUUUUUCUGCUGUUUUUCUUAUCUUUUUUUUUCCUAUGACUGUGUUUACAAUUUUCUCUAUCUUUAGUUUUAAGCAUAUGAUGUGCUUUGGUGUUGUUUUCUCCAUUUUUCUUGUGCCAGGUGUUUGUUAAAUUUCUGCUUUUUAGAUCUGUGGGUUCAUAGUUUUCAUCAAAUUUAGACGUUUUGGCCACUGCAUUUUCAAAUAUUUGUUUGCCUCUUCCUCUUCUCUUUUUUGGGGGACUUCAGGCUUACUGGUGCUUAUUCCUUUUUUUUUUUUUUCUUUUUUCAUUCUUCCACUCUGCAUUUCAUUUUGGAUAGUUUCUGUUGCUGUGUUAGUUCAUUGAUCUUCUGUAAAGUUUAAUUUGUCAUUAAUCCUACUCACUUUAUUUUUUAUCUCAGAUACUUCACAUCUCUAGAAGUUCUAUUUUUUAUUUGUUAUAUUUAUUAUACCUACUGUCCUUGAAUAUGUGGGACAUAGUUAAAUAGCAACUGUAAUUUUCUUCUUUAUUGAGUCUAUCCUCUGUCAUUUGUUAGUUUGUUUCUGUUGAUUAAUUUCUUCUUCCACUAAGGAUAUUUUCUUGCCUCCUUGUAGACCUCAUGAUUCUUCGUUAGAUCCCAAGCUUUGUUAGCUCUACCUCAUUAAGCACUGGGCUAUUUGCAUUUCUAUAAAUAGGAGCUUUGUCUGUGAACGCAAUUAAAUUACCUAGAAAGUACUGAGAAACAGUUUGUUCCUUUCAGGCUUCCUUUUAAGCUUCCUUGGGAGUUUCCAGAGCCCUGUUUCUCCAGGACUGAUUUUGCCCCACUCCUCAAGCAGCACCUUGUGGGUACUCCAGCUGACACUUGCUGGAUUGUGAGGUUUUACAGUCUGGCUAGUGUAACACAAAUGUCCCAGCUGUCUGUGAGCCCCAGUUAUUCUUUCCUCUGUUCCUGGUGGUUCACCUGCCCCUCACACACCUCUCUCUCAUGGUUAGUACUGGAGUUGGGGUGGAGGGCCCUCUGCAGAUCUGUGGCACUUCCCGCUCAGCUCUCUCAUACUCUGCUCUAUGAACUCUAAGCUCCUGGCUCUCCUGGCCCUCUCUGGGUCUCACACUGCAGCCCAGAAACUCCCUUCACACAGUAAGCUGAGCAUUUGUAGACCUCACCUCACUUGUUCUUCUUAAGGAACUGUCCUGUGCUGCCAGUGUCCAGUACCUGAAAACAUACACAUGGUUCAGCUGUUGAGCUAUUUCAGGUUGAAGAAUAAAUCUGGUCCUUGUAUCUCCACCUUGUUCAACUUGAUCAUAAGCGGAAGUCCCUUUAUGCCUCUUGUAUUUAAAGUUACACUCUAAAUGUGAAGAGGGAUGGUAGGAGAGAGAAAGACUGAUAAAAUUUAAUAAAAUCCAAAAUCCCUUUGCAGAAGACUGUGCAGGGUUUUAAUUAUCCCAAGGUUUUAAUGACCUUCAACUCCUUGAACUUCUAAAUGCCUUGGUCUGAAUAUACACAGUAUCACCCAUGUAUAAAACCCUCAUGGCUGCAAUUUACCCUAAGAGUACCACAUAUACCUGACAAAAAGAAGGGUAUCAGGCCCUUACAUGUCAAGUAUAUACAUCCCAAAUAUAGUGUAAGGAAAGGAAUCCAGAUUUUUUUUAAAGAAUGCUUGUCCUGUCACUGAAUAAUCAUGUAUUCUGGCAUAAACCUCAGCCCCUCUCACAGUAUACUCUUCUGUGAAAUUGUUUUCUGAAGAUCAAGCUCAAUAGCAUAUGUAAAAGUCCUUAAUAAAAUAUAAGUCAAACACACUUAAAGUAUUACUAGUAUUGGGUAGUAUGGUUAUAAAUGCAUCUCCACAAAUAGAUCCAUACCUGGAGGAUAUAUCCAAAAUUUUAUGUGGCUAUAACCUUCAAUGCAAUUCUCGUCCCCUCCCCCCAUAUUGGGCUAGUAGGAUAUCCAUUGUGUUUUCGUGAGUAGUAUGUUCAGAGGAAGUCCUCCAAGCUCCAUUUCUCACUCACUAAUCUUGAGGUACCUAUUGUCCAUAUGCAUGUGGUCUCUUAAAGCCAGGUUUUUGAGCUUGAAAUAAUAAUGCUAAGGCGGGAAACACCGAGGCUUAAGGUAUCCUCCUAAAGAAACCAGGCAUUCCUUUCCUGUCCCAUCCCAAACCUUUGUUGCUUUACCCACAGAAACAUUUCUGAAGGCAAGGGAAUUGAAAUAGCUGUGAUAAUUUCUUAUGUGGGAGAAGAAAAAUGGCAAGAAGAAGAAAGUGUAAAUCAGUAUCACAAUAAAUUAUAUACGUUUGUGUUGGGGAGACUGGAAUUUUGCAAGGGAGGAGAGAUAAAGCUAGGAUACAAGUGAAGGGAGACUUGAACUUUUUCUUCUAUUUCUUCUGUUUGAAUUUUUAGAGUGUGCUUUAUUUUAUGAUCCAUAAGUGAAGCAAAAUGUUUAUUGAUAGUACUUUUUCUCAACUGAAAUCUGAAUAAGAAAGAUCAUCUUUAGUGGUAAGGAGCUUAAAUGUAUUCUUUAUAGGAAGUUGAGUAUUUCAUUUGAAGUAUAACAAAAUGAACUGAGAACAAAAUAUAAAGCUUACUGACAAUUUGGCUAUUGAUAAUUUGUGGUACUUUGAUAUGUAAAAGAAAAUGUCCAGAUAUCAUUUAGCCAGAAUGUAUUUAAGCAAAAAGUCUUUAUCAUCUAGGGGCGCCUGGGUGGCACAGCGGUUGGGCGUCUGCCUUCGGCUCAGGGCGUGAUCCCGGCAUUAUGGGAUCGAGCCCCACAUCAGGCUCCUCUGCUAUGAGCCUGCUUCUUCC